GAAGAUAGGUUUAUUUUUUAGGCAGCGUACCAGUUACGUGUUUUACUUUUUUUUUGACUUUACAUAACCUUUAAAUUUAAAUGUGAACUGCCACUUUAAGAAAACGGCCUCCUUACUUUUUCCAGACUUUGACCAUCCCAAGACACUGCAGGUUAAUGUUUCUCUCUUAAGGCAUCUCUGGCUGAGUGCAGCUCAUGAGUUAGUCAUUUGCACGGUCGCUCUGAUUGUCCAGUCUGUAGCUUGGUCUUUAGUCAGCUCCAAAGCCCAGACUGGCACAUAUCGCCUCCUUUUAGUUACCUGAGUUGAGAUUUUUUUUUUUUUGCCAACACCUAAUUGCAGUGCCUGUGGAAGAAACAAUGAAUGCAUUGCUGCGAGCCCAGAAUCAGGCGCUGAAGAGGGCAGUUGUGGAUGAGCAGGCCAACGGCACAGCACUAAAGGAGCAGCUGAAAAUGAAGGAUCAGUCCCUGAGGAAACAGCAGCAAGAGAUGAACAGUCUGACGUUUAGAAACCAACAACUGGCCAAGAGGGUGGAGUUGCUGCAGGAGGAGCUCUCGCUAAUGGAUGUUAAGGGCAAGAAAACCAAGAAGAACAUGGAUGCCUCGCAGCAGAGCCAGGAACAGAAAAGUGGGUUUGAUGAAGACCUUCAGAAGAAGAUAGAGGAGAACGAGCGCUUGCACAUACAAUUUUAUGAGGCCAGCGAGAAGCACAGGCUGGUGGAGUCUGAGCUGAGAAGCAGGUUGCGAGAGCUGGAGAUGAACACAGAACAACAUCAGGCCGUGGUGGAUGGGCUGACCCAGAAAUACAUGGAAACAAUUGAAAAACUGCAGGGUGACAAAGCAAAGAUGGAGGUGAAGUGUCAGGCUCUUGAGAGGGAAAGCAAGGAGUGCAAGCAGAGGACAGAAGACUGCCAGAACCAGCUGAAGACACUUCAUAUAGAUCUGAGCAGCCGAUUGGACGUCUCCUUAGGCAAUGGCAUCAUCAAUGAAAAAGUGCCCUUUAAUGAUACAAGAACAAGCCAGUUGAAUGCCCUGAAUGUACCCUUGCAUAACAAAAGACAUCAGCUGAAAGCACGGGAAUUCGCAAAUCAGGGUCUGUCUUUUGUCCGAGAUCUGGUUACUUCUCUACUGAACUUUCACACAUUCACAGAACAGAGGGUCCAGAUCUUUCCUGUAGACUCUGCCAUUGAUGUCAUCUCCUCAUUGAAUAAGAAGUUUUCCGAAUACCUUCACGAAAAUGCCUCUUAUGUGCGUCCUCUUGAGGAAGGAAUGUUGCAGUUGUUUGAGAGCAUCACUGAGGAUACGGUUACAGUGCUGGAAACUGCAGUUAAACUGAAAAUAUUGUCAGAGCAUUUUGCAGCUUAUGUCUGUUUCCUGCAAAAGAUUCUCCCCUAUCAGUUAAAAAGUUUGGAAGAGGAAUCCGAGUUUUCCAGUGGCACGACGGCUUUGUGGGCAAGAAAUCAAGAAGUGCACAAGGACAUGCAGAGAAUAACAGCAGUGUUUGGGAAGCUGAAGACCUAUAUUACUCUGCUUGCCUUACCAAGCACCAAACCAGGAGGGCUGCUGAGAACCAACUACGGGACCAUACUGACACAGAUAUCCGAGGCUCUCCAUAGACUUCAUGAUAUUACAAAAGAGCUCUCUAAACACUAUAAUAAUAAAGCUGCUCUGGAACAGGAGUUGCCAGCAGCCACCGAUAAGCUGAAAACCACGAAUGAUUGCAUCUUGUCUUCUCUGGCGGCUUUAUCCAAUGUGACAAACAAGAUUGCAACCUUCUUCAGCAACAACCUGGACUUCUUCAUUUCCUCACUGAGUUAUGGACCAAAAGGGGGCCUGGGGUUCACAAACCCUCUAUCAGCUGAAAUGAUGCUUGCAUAUAAAAAGAAAGCGUCCCAGUACAUAAACAGUUUAAAGAAGCCCUGCCCAGCUUCAGUGCCUUAUGGAGAGGCUCUAGUGAAUCGCAGCGUCCUUCUGAGUUCUACAGAAAGCAGGGAAGGUCUAGCACAACAGGUGCAGCAAAGCCUGGAGAAGAUGGGCGAGCUGGAGCAGGAGAAAGAGCACUGGAUGCUGGAGGCGCAACUGUCCAAGGUUAAACUGGAGAAAGAGACUCGCAGAAUCGCUGCUCUCAUAAAGAAUACAGAGAAUGGGCAGCUGCCGGAGGUGCCACAUGAUGAUGCCUUCUUAUUAAAUGCAGGGGAGCUUGGGAAGGGAAACUCAACAGAGACCACAAGCAACAGCUUGAUUGGAAUGCUAACUGUCACUACAGAAGAUCUACAGGCUCCAGAUCAGGACUCCAGAGAAGAACUGAUCAAAAAUCAUUACAUGACCAGAAUAGCAGAGCUCACAACACGCUUACAACAGGCAGACAGCAAAGCAGUUCAUUUGUAUGCGGAGUGUCGGGCGCUUGCUAAGCGGUUAGCAUUGGCAGACAAAUCCAAUAGGAGCCUAACGGAAGAGACCAUAUCUUCAGUUCAGAGCAUCAGCAAGUUACAGGAUGAAUUAAUUACAACUAAGAGGAGCUACGGAGAUCAGCUGAGCAUGAUGAGUGACCACCUCUGUAUUAUGAAUGAAACAUUGUCAAAGCAACGAGAAGAGAUCGACACUUUAAAGAUGGCUAACAAGGGAAAUUCUAAGAAGAACAAGAUGCGAUAGUUGAGACAAGUGGCUGCGCUUUAGAAGAAUUUGCUGCUGUACAGGUUGCAGGGCGGCCUUUGCUAGUCUCUACGAGAAUGUUUGGUGUCAGUUUAGCUUUGUGAAAGUGACUACAGAGUAUCUGCCUUUCUAGGUAGGGCAAAGGGUAUAACUCUUUUUGUUGCUAAUUCAAAGCAAUCCCUGAAGGCACCUGUCAGUGACGUCCAUUUGAAAGUUGGAAAGAGAAGAAAAAGGCAAAUAUUUAUAAAAAAAAAUACAAAAUAAAUAAUGAAAACCAAUGUAAAGGUUGAUUAGAAUUGGUCAUUCUAUUACAUAUUAAAAGUUUACUUAAAGGUGAGAACUACCCCUUUCAUUUUACCGUAAUUUGUUUCUACAUAUAUAGCUUUAAAGGAGUGGUUCACCUUGAAGGUAACUUUUAGUAUGUUAUAGAACGGUCAAUUCUAAGCAACUACUUUUUAUAGUUUUUUAAUUGUUUGCGUUUUUCAUAUGACUCUUGGCAGCUUUUAAAAUGGGCGUCGCUGACCCCUUCUAAAAAUCAAAUGCUCUCUAAGGCUACAAAUUUAUUGUUAUUGCUAAUUUUUAUUACUCUUUCCAGUGCAUGGUUGCUAGGGUAAUUUGGACCCUAGCUA